CAGGGCUCAAUCCCCCUAUUGUUCCAUCAUGCUUCCUUUAGGCCAGCUAAUACGCAGCUGCAAUGUGACCUACCACAACUAUCUAGACGACAAUCAGAUCUGCGUGUCACCGAUGGCAGGUGAGCAUGGUCCUGCAGAUUUACUUUAUCACUGCAUCAAACAGAUCAGUGUGUGGAUGCAAAACAACUUUCUCUAGCUAAACUCCGACAAAACUCAAAUCACAGAAACAAAGAGGAAGUGUUAUUAGCCACCUUGAGGCUCUUUCUCUAAAACCUAAUCAUCGGGUUAGAAAUCCAGGGGUAAUAAUGAACUUUAACAGCCACGUUAAUCAAUAACAUCAUCAGUCUUUACCACCUAAAAAAACAUUGCCAAAAUCAAGGGAAUGGUGUCUAAGCCAGAUCCAUGCCUUUGUCUCCAGCAGGCUGGACUACUGUAACGGCUUUCCCAUCGUGAAACCUAACCUGCUCAGGAGCGGGUUAGCGCCAGCAUAUGAGUUACCGUGGCGACACAUCUUGCUGAAAAGUGAACCAGCUUUGAAGCACAGCAUAUCCGGACUUACUCCUCAAACUCAUCCAGGAUAAGGACAAAUCCUGCUUUGUAGUACCGGCCCCUGGUUAUGACUUGAGUUACCAUGGUGAUAUAGCCGCUUUAAAAGACAGCCGCCUUCAUUGCACAGGCAAGCCCGGCUUCAGACUCAACAGACCUCGCUAACGCACUAAACUCGUUUUAAGGGUGUACCCCCCGAUGCAUUAAGAGCUGGACUGCAUGUAUGACCACGAUAACUAUGCUAUCCAUGCUAGCUGCAUCACAAGGGGCUACCUGUGCAUGCCAUGCAGUGUUGCCAUGGCAACAGGAUGCAGGAUGAAGAAUUCACCAGCAUGAGUGUAGGCUCAUCAUCCUCUUCUUAUGCUAACAUGUCAACAUAGCAUGUGUGUUGUGACAACAAAAGCAUCAAUAACAAUAACAUCAUUAACAACCAUCAACAACAAUAACAUCAAUAACAAUACCAUCAACAACAAUAACAUCAUUAACAACCAUCAACAACAAUAACAUCAAUAACAAUACUGUCAACAACAAUACCAUCAAUAAAAAUACCUUCAACAACAAUACCAUCAAUAACAACCAUCUAACAACAACAUCAUCAAUACCAAUAACAUCAAUAACAACAAGGAGGAGGAGCCAAAGUGCAAGAUAGAUUCUCUCCUUCUCUCCUUACCGUCGUCAUCUUCCGCCUCAUUAUCAUUGGUGGCCUCUUCCUCGUCAUCAUCAUCACUGACACCUGCUGUGGGUGGAUGUGGGGGGGUAGAUGUGUUAUUGUUGUCAUGGAAACACUUUACCAACUUGUGAGUGUUGGUGGACUUCAUUGGACACGUCCAUCAUGUCCCACAUGAACACACAGGAAGUGAAGGACAAUGGCUUCCUGUUAGCUUGUCCAGACUUUGCUUGUCUCCUGAGGCCACGCCUCCCUCGUUACACAAACACACCAGCAGAUAAAUGAAAUGACAUCCAAUCAGCAUUAUACUUUAUAUCAUCACGUGAAAGAAGGACUACAAUAAAUGGAUGAUAAAUACAUACGGCUGGUGACGUCAUGGUAGUUGAAACUAAGAAGGAGGUGACAGGUGGUUGCUGCAGAGAUCCUCAUUCACGUCUGCACGCCCCCCGCCCCGCGCCGUUGGCUCUUUGGAGAGAAUCUCCCGCAGUUUCCCUCACCGCUUUUUCUUCUUUUUGGGAUCAACAUCGCCAACCUGCACGUCGUGGAGGGUGCGCGCGUGCACGGCUCCCUUCCGCUCGCUCACACGCACGCUCACACGCACGGACCCGCAACGUGGGCUAGCGUGCGGCAGCCGCAUCAACACCGCCACUGAGCGCAGAGCCCGUGAACAUUUGGCGGAGUUCCCCCUCCCCAACAUUUUUUCUUUUUGCUUUCGCUGUCAAGUUGGCGGGAAUGAAGUGGCGCCAAUUACCCUGAAUUCCACAGAUCAGCUACGCGUCGACGGCGCCUGAGCUGAGUGACGAGCGGCGCUACGACUUCUUCUCUCGCGUGGUUCCCCCAGACGGCUUCCAGGCUCAGGCCAUGCUGGACCUCGUGAAGGUGCUGGGUUGGACGUACGUGUCCACCGUGGCGUCGGAGGGAAGCUACGGCGAGAAGGGCGUGGACGCCUUCCUGCAGCUUUCUCGAGACCAGGGUGGAACGUGCGUGGCUCAGUCUGUGAAGAUCCCACACCAUCCUGACUCCUCCCAUUUUGACAAGGUCAUCCGCCUCCUGUUGGACACGCCCGCCGCCCGCGCCAUCAUCCUUUUUGCCUCUGACGACGACAUCAGGUACCUGCGCGGAGGUCACGUCACACACAAACGACUCACCGUGUGUGUGUGUGUGUGUGUGUGUUCCAGAGGCAUUCUGAGCGCCAGCAAGCGAGCGCAGCAGGUGGGUCACUUCCUGUGGAUCGGUUCUGACAGCUGGGGCGCCAACAACGCUCCCGUCCAUCAGCUGGAGGAUGCCGCCGCUGGCGCCAUCACCGUCCUGCCCAAAAGAGCCACCAUCAGUGGCUUUGAUGCAUACUUCACGUCACGCACGUUGGAGAACAACCGCAGGAACGUUUGGUUCGCCGAAUUCUGGGAGGAGAACUUCCGCUGUCAGCUGACCAGCACCGCCACACCACGCCACGCCUCCAGGAAGUGCACGGGUCAGGAGCGAAUCGGCAUGGACUCUAAGUACGAGCAAGAGGCUAAAGUGCAGUUUGUGAUGGACGCCGUGUACGCCAUGGCCUACGCGCUGCACAACAUGCAUGCUGACCUUUGCCCCUCAGACUCCGCCCUCUGUGCCGACAUGGAGAUGGCGAGCGGCAAGAAACUGCUCAAGUACAUCCGCACCGUCAGCUUCAACGGAAGUGCGGGUACUCCCGUGACGUUCAAUCGUAACGGCGACGCCCCCGGACACUACGACGUCUUCCAGUACCAGUGGAACAACGGCAGCCUAGCGGGAUACCGCGUGGUUGGACAGUGGAUGGAAACGCUGCAGCUCAAUGUGGAAGAUAUGCAGUGGGGGCGUGGCAAACGGGGUGUUCCCUCGUCGGUGUGCAGCCUUCCUUGCCAGGCGGGCGAGAGGAAGAAGCUGGCAAGGGGCGUGGCCUGCUGCUGGCACUGCGAGCGCUGCGACGGGUACCAGUAUCAACACGAUGAGUUCACGUGCAAGCUGUGCGCCUUCAACAUGCGGCCCGAUGCCAACCGCACUUCCUGUCAGCCCAUCCCCGUCAUCCACCUGGAAUGGCAUUCGCCGUGGGCGCUCAUCCCCGUCCUCCUUGCCACGCUGGGCAUCGUUACCACGUUGACCACCACGGCCGCCUUUGUGCGCUUCAACCACACGGCCGUGGUGCGUGCGUCCGGCCGGGAGCUGAGCUACGUGCUCCUGGCGGGGAUCUUCCUGUCAUACGCCGUCACCUUCCCGAUGAUCGCCAAGCCAGACACGGGCGCUUGCUUGCUCAGGCGCAUCUUUUUGGGAUUGGGAAUGUGCAUCAGCUAUGCCGCCAUGCUCGCCAAAACACACCGCAUCUACGCCAUCUCUGAACGCAGCAAGAGGUCAGUGGCAGCCCCCCAUCUCGUCAGCCCCGCCUCGCAGCUCACAGUGGUCUGUGGCCUAGUCGCUGUCCAGCUGCUGGCCACGCUGCUCUGGAUCGCCGUGGCCCCACCCCACACCGUAGUCGACUAUGAGCAGCGCAAGAGCGUGGAACCGCGUUGGGCGCGCGGCAUGUUGAAGUGCGACAUGGGCGACCUGCCCACCAUUUGCACGCUGGGCUACAGCCUCCUGCUGAUGGUCACGUGCACCGCCUACGCCAUCAAGACGCGCCGCUUGCACGAUGGUGUCCAUGAGGCCAAAGCCAUCAGCUUCACCGUCUACACCACCUGCAUCGUCUGGCUCGCCUUCAUUCCCAUCUUCUUCGGAACGCCGCGCUCCACCCACAAGCUUUACAUCCAGACCACCGCUCUGACCGUCUCCAUGAGCCUGAGCGCCUCGGUGGCAUUGGGAAUGCUCUUCCUCCCCAAGGUGUACGUCAUCAUCUUCCACCCUGAACUCAACGUGACCCAGAAGAGGCGGUCCUUCAAGGCGGUGGUGACGGCGGCGGCUGCAUCGUCCCGACUGGCUCACAAGGUCAGCGAGCGACCCAAUGGCGAGGCCAAGACCCAACUCUGUCACAACAUGGACGCCAGCAGUGAGUCACGCCAUCUUAUCAUCUUAUCUUAUCACACGCCAACGUUGCUCUGAUGUACGCACACACAAACGCACACGUACAUAUACGUGUACGUACAUACGUCUAAGGCGCGGGUGUUUUCUAGACAAAAUGAAAGGAUGGGGGCAACUUUGAUACAUUUUGAGGAGGUUGUGUGUGCCAAUAGUCUGUGGUGCCAAGUUGUCGCGGGCUGUUAUGCCCCUGGUGGGGUCACCCAAGACAAACAGCUCCUAGGUGAGGGACAAGACAAAGUGUGGCUCUAUUAGACCCAACAAACAUGGGCCGAGUUUUCCCUCCCCCGGCCCCCCUCUGGAGCCAGGCCUGGAGAUGGGGCACGAUGGCGAGCAUCUGGUGGCCCGACCUGCAUGGGUCGAUGCAUUCAAUGAGCUCACCACUCACAGGAGGGGCCAAGGGGAUGCGGUGCAGUGUGGGAAGGGUGACAGCCGAAAGCAGAAACGUAGGUCUCGGUACGUGGAAUGUCACCUCUCUGGUGGGGAAGGAGCCCGGGGUCUUGUUUACCAGUGAGAGAAGGAUGGACCGCGAGAUCGACAGGUGGAUUGAUGCGGCGUCUGCAGUGAUGCGGACUCUGCAUCGGCAAACCUCUCAGUUUUCCAGUCGAUCUACGUUCCUGCUCUCACCUAUGGUCAUGACCAGAUUGUGGGUACAAGUGGCCAAAAUGAGCAUUGGUCAUCUCUCUGGGGAGGACCGACCGGUAGGAGGCCUUGGGAACGCCGCGGGAGGAGCUGGAUGAUAAUUGUAUUUUUUUAAUAUGCCAGAGCCAAUAACAAAAUGAGCUGCGGGCUGCAGUCAUUGGGCGGUCUACAUGUCAUUGGCAUGUUUUGUUGUUGAUGCGUUGAAAUGAAAUCAUGUCCUGACAGGCUAAUUUCAUCUUUCAUGACAGCUUUUUUCUUUCUCCUCGCAUCACACGGCCUCAAUGAAAGUGUUUGUGUGUCAGCAGGUGACCUUUGACCUGAUUCCAUCUUCCAUCAGCCAGUGGAUUUUGUUGUUUUUCUUUACCUGAGAAGAAACAAAAAAAACAAAGCUGUUUUUGGCGAGGUCUCACUCUGACGCCUGCGUCGUGACCUGAAAGUUGUGCAACUUCCUGUCAGCUUGUCUGUGGUGGACGAGCCAACGUUUAUCUGCCAGGGAAAGCGUCUUUCGCUGUCUGCGAUGUCGUCGUGUCAGCAGCAGGGGGCGUAUGUCCUCUACCAGAAAGCUUCCUUCCUGACUUUUCACUCAAAUCAGAUGACGAAUGUAGACAACACAUGACCUAAAAUGGUAGAUGCUUCUUCCGUACAGUGAUGAGUGUCACGUGGUGACCACGGCCCCUGUUCUCGGUGGUGGGCGGGGCGUAUUUCAUUCAUGUUAGCUCCGCUGACCGACUGCUAGCGAAAGUGGAAGAGAAAGAGGUCAUGUAAGGGCUAAUUAUGUUUGUAUGUUAUUUAUGUAAAGAUAGAAUAUUGGUGUAGCUUCACGUGUUGACCACAGGUGUCCCUCAACAUUCCCAGCAUGUCUUUUAUCUAUUUUACUUUAUUCUAUUUUUCACUGAAACUGUGUCUGAAAUGGUAUACUUUGGUCAGUACACUUCAAUAAGUAUACUGUGUACAUUGUGUACUUUAUUUGUAGCGCUGUCUCACACAUAUUACUGCGGAGUCCUCUAGGGGUCACGGGGGAAAAUAAUUUUAAUGGGUAAAAAAUAUGAAUUUUUGCAAGAUAUCGCAAAGCUUUUGCAAGAUAAUGCGAGAUCUCGCUAAAUUUUAGUACGACCCCAACUGGUCACGGACACUUUGGUGUGGAACCACACUAGAUAUUAUAACGUUUGGGAGGUAUAAACUCCAAACUGAUUAAAAUGCUGCUUCUGCGUCAACGUCAGCUGGUGGCGGAUGUUUGCGUUGAAUCUUCAAAUUAAGAGCAGCACAUUCGUUGAGUUUCUGACAUGACAAUGUUUACUUACAGGACAGGCACAGGACAUGCAGUGCACAUAAGUGAAAGAAUCCUAUGCACGGCUAAUCAUUGUAUUUCCUUUCGAGUACCAGUAGUCAAAAGAGACGUGUUUCCAGCAACACUAGCUUGGAGCGGAUGUUAGUAUUUUAUUUUCAAAAGACGAGCCGAACAACAUGAAAACCUGUUCCUCUAGUUACAGCAUCACUUUAUACCUCUACAAGUGUGCAGUAAGGGGUGUGUAAAUGUUGAAGAUUUUAAUUAAAUUACGCAUUUCCAACCGAUUUUCGCUUUGAGGAGGCAAGCGAUUACCGGAAGUUUAGAAAGUUUUGCAAGGUGACGCAAAAAUUCGUCCCCCCAUAUGCCGCCCUGACGCACACUUACCAAUCGUGAUGAUUGCAAUAUUUACCCACUCCUUGUUUUAUUCUUUUUAGUGGUAAAUUGCAACCACUUAGUCCCGCCUUUUCCACUACGUACUAAGAUGGGUCCAGCACUGAACACUCAUUGAGUACUUGUGGGUACUGACACUACUGCAUUUUGAUGUACUUAUCAGUGUCAGUCGGUCACGCAUGUGUGAGCUCUGCAGGUCAUGUGACCUGUCGCUGCAUGUUUCCUUUCUUUGUUGUAUUGUUUCUGUAUGUGCGUUUGUGUUGCUUGCUCCUUUCGUGCACAAUGUUGUGGUGGGACCAUGACGUUUGACCCUUUUCCUGUGAUCCUGUCAGAGGUCGUAUCAAAUAUAUUUGUAACUUUUCCUAAUGA